AUGGUUCGCUCAUCGAGACAGCCACCUGCCAUGAAAAAUGCGCCGAGGAUAGCUUCCGACCACAGGAGUCCCAGCUCCUGCUGCACCUCCUCGUCCUCCGUCACCAACUGCGACAUCGGUUAUAGCCACGAUUCCCGUCAUAAUGCCACUUUCAGUCCUGUUACUACUCCUACCUUUCCUACUCUUACUCUUACUCUUGCUCUAUCUCAUGUCUCAACUCCUCCUCUUCAUGCUGCUGUACCUCCUGCUAUGGAUCCAGCUCCAGCUUCGACUCAAUCGCCGUUCGCUAUGGUCCCUCAAUAUUAUCUGAUCGAGGGCGCAGAAAAAAUACGUUCCUCAUUAUUUGGAGGAAAUGCCCCUUAUGCUGAACUAAAUUUAGGGGACUUUGCUCUAAGUUCUUAUUUCUUUAUACUAGAGCUGUUUAGACGUCGCAUCGCAGUCUGA